AGCACAUGCGCAGGAGUCUCUGCGCAAAGAAAAAAAACCGGGUCGAUCGGAGCGCUUGUACUGGAUGCAAUGCCGCCUCCCCCUUUAAGGGGAGAAGGGUAUGAUCUACACCCACGACGCUGAUAAAAAAGCAAAAAAAGCCGCGAGGUUUAAGCGGGCCGACUGGGCUCACUGGACUGGUGUUUCUGAAAGCGGUCGUCGAUGGACCGGGAGGCGGGAUUUGACGUGAGAUCUGUGUGGACCGCAAACGGAGAAGCGCAGUCCUGAUGUCUGAUGGAGACCAAGUCCCGCAGCAGCGGCGGGACUGAAAUGGGGGUAUAGCAGGCAGCAGCGGGACGCGGUAUCAUCGACUUCGGUGGGGAGGAGGGGCGCCUUUGUUUACCUGUCAGCCCGUGGAUACACCUUCCCCCGGAUCAGGCCACGCAGGACAUGAAUCUUUUGUCCCACGCACACUGAAGACCACCGAGCCGGUAGGAGAGGUACGAUCAGGGGAGGAUACAGCGGUCCGUGGGUAUUUGUGCACGUGUCUUGCCUUGGUUCCCACUCUCUCCCCUGGGGUGGGGGGGGCACCGUGAAGACUACAUAUGGAAAACAUGGAGGUGAAGGACGAGUGGCAGGAUGAAGACUUCCCAAGACCUCUUCCUGAGGAUGGUGAGGACUGUUCCUAUGGGCUCUCCGAGCAGAGAACAUCUCCACCUGCCUUCCUGAAUGUGGGCGGGGAUGCCGGAGCGGCAGCCAAUCGGAAACGCCGCACGUUGGCGGCCCCCGAAAUGAGCCUGUCACUAGAUCGAGGAGAGGGCUCGCCACCGUCCGACGACUUCCUGGGUACGCCCGAUGACCUUGACAUCAACGUGGAUGACAUCGAGACUCCAGAUGAGACAGACUCCCUUGAGUUUGUUACCAGCGGCAACGAGCUGGAGUGGGAAGAUGACACCCCAGUGGCCAGUGCCAAGGCUACACCCUGUGAGGGGGCGGGGCCAGGCGGCGAGGGCGGAGCCGAUGGGCGCCUGUGGCGGACGGUGAUCAUUGGCGAACAGGAGCACCGGAUCGACAUGCAGGUCAUCCGGCCGUAUCUGCGCGUGGUGACACAUGGCGGUUACUACGGCGAGGGGCUGAAUGCCAUCAUCGUGUUUGCAGCCUGCUACCUGCCAGACAGCAGCUGCCCGAACUACCAGUACAUCAUGGAAAACCUCUUCCUAUAUGUGGUAAGCAGCCUGGAGCUGCUGGUGGCUGAGGACUACAUGAUUAUCUACAUGAAUGGAGCCACGCCCAGAAGGAAAAUGCCAGGCAUCGGUUGGCUGAAGAAAUGCUAUCAGAUGAUUGACAGGAGGUUGAGGAAGAAUCUGAAAUCUCUGAUAAUUGCCCACCCUUCUUGGUUUAUUCGCACUGUACUGGCCAUCUCCAGGCCAUUCAUUAGUGUGAAAUUCAUGGAGAAAAUCCGCUACGUAAACAGUUUGGAGGAGCUGGCCCAGAUCGUACCAAUGGAACACGUGAACGUCCCGGAGUGUGUGGUGCAGUUUGAGGAGGAGAGGCUUAAAGCACAGACGGAAAGGAUGGAGCAGGAACAGGAGCGAGAACAGGAGCAGGUGCAGGAGCAGGAUGGAGCGGGUCAGCCCCAGCCAGGGUCCUCAGAGCACCCAGACAGGCCUGCGCCGAUAGUCGAGGAGCCAGGCCAGUGAUGCUGAGUUUUAGGGUGAAGCCUGGGCACAGAAAGAGGGAGGGGGUUCAGCCCUGCAAAGGAAAAAUCAGGCUGAGGGUGUUAGACUUCAUCAGUCAUUAUGGCUCAGGUUUUGAGAUACUCUUACAGCCUAGAGCCCCCCUCCCACCCCCAGCACCCCAAGGAGCACUACGACAGAACCUCAGUGAUGCUUCAGGACAAAUGACCUAAGAAAGCAAAGCAUUGCUGGGUGUUUUCUUUUGUUUAAAGUUACAUUUUCUGUAGAUUACUGUCUUCCAGCCAUGUAGACUGCCAUUCUUCAGCUUAUCCUAUAAAGGUUCGUGGUGGGUCCUUAGUCCUCUCCAUUGUAAUAGUAAACAAUUGUGAUAACUGACAUCUUUAAGGUUUAGUAAUGACAAGCAUCCCAUGGAGCCUGUGGCCCCUUCACGGCUCAGAUGGAACCGGAAUCGCAGGCAUGACCGCGAUGCCAUCGCUCAGGUCAUGUGCUUUAAACUAGCCAUCAUUGUCUCCUGCUGUAGCUCAACGUAACUGAUAAAUCAGGACAUACACCUCCGUCGUCCUUGUAAAAUGCUGUGAAGUUAGUAAACAUUGCGGUGGGGGAGUGUUCGUUACCGGCAGGACUUCCAAAAAAUAAAAGAAAUGUUUGUAUAUUUGGUAAUAUAGAAUGAAUGCGUUCGUAAGUGUUUUUUUCUGGUGUUGAUAAUAGCUGUGUGUGACUCCAGUGUCAAUGUAUACUGCAAUAUCAACAUUGCUGCUUAUUAACCUUUUGUAAAUAAUGGUUAGCUAGCUGAUAUUUCUCGACAAAAUCUUUUUUAACCAUGUUAAAUGAAUGCCUCCUACUGUAGAGGGUGUUUCUAUUUGUGCGUCAUGUUUUUCUGUGGGAAUAAACUUGAGGACACCUCC